AUGUACGUAUAUUUGGAGACGCCGGCUGGUUGUUGUGUCUGCGUGACAUUUGGAAAGGCAAAUUCAUUAUCAUGUAAUAAAAUCAACUUGUUCAAAAAACACAGAACUAGAGCAGUUGCCAAAUGUAAACGUCAUCUUCAGUCCUUCUGUUUGAAGUCACCGCCGAUUCUCUCAUCCGUAGCACAUGCAUUUCUCCAAGCUCCAUCAUCCAGCAGUAGAAAGUGGAAAUUCAAUGACCAGUACGGAUGCUGCGAGAAUGUUUGUCUUACAGCCCCAAUUGCGUUGUGCAAACCAGAUAAUGAUAACGCAUUUGCAUUUAUGAAUCAAGAAAACUUCCUCUUUUAUCUCCUCUCAUGCUUGAACCGUAUUUUUACUUUUUUACUUAUAAUUAAAAGAGGAGAAAUAAAUCGGGAAUUGGACAAUCUAGCAGAUUUGGGAGAGCUGAGUAAGCAAAUAUGUCUACUACAAUUACGCAGAAAGUUAGAAGAUGGACCAAAAAAUAUCAUUCUUUUUGAUGAAAUGAGACUAGGUAGAGUGGUUCGACAUAAUGCAAGAAUGACCUACAAUUCUGCAAUUUUAAUACAUUACCAAAUUUCAAAAUAUGUAUCGUCGGAAUCCAUGGAACCUCUACUGAUUUCUGACAAUUUCAACAAUGCUAAAGGUUCUCAAACCAUCUCAACCUCAAAUUCUCCAUCGGAAAAUGAUUGUAUACCGGAUCAAUUUCAGUCGACAGCAAUUAGUUCACGUCCAAAUAAAUUUCUGCAGAUUAACACUUUAUACAUAAAACAAAUCUUAACAGUACAUUGUCUUCUAUUUUUGUGGAUUCCAAUUGAAAAUUAG